CCCUUACGAUCGAGCUGUUUGAUAUUCGUGCAGAUGAGCGGAUUCUCCGCGGCAGCUGCUGCGGCCGAGCGGUGCGCGCUCGGCCUCGGCGUCCACGCGCGCCCCGCCUCGCCCUCGCCGGCGCUGCUCCCGCCGGCGGCUCUCCGCCGCGGCCGCCGCCUCCCCGCGGCCACCACCACCCUCGCCGUCUCCCGUCGGAGCCUCCUCGCCCCUCGCGCCAUCGCCGCUUCCACCGGCCGCGCCUCCCCGGGCCUUGUCGGAAGGUUCACCCUGGAUGCCAACUCCGAGCUUAAGGUGACAUUGAACCCAGCACCGCAGGGUUCGGUGGUGGAGAUCAAUCUAGAGGCAACUAACACCAGCGGCUCCCUGAUACUGCAUUGGGGCGCCCUUCGCCCGGAUAGAGGAGAAUGGCUCCUACCAUCCCGGAAACCAGAUGGCACGACAGUGUACAAGAACAGGGCUCUUAGGACGCCUUUUAUAAAGUCAGGUGAUAACUCCACGCUGAAAAUUGAGAUAGAUGAUCCUGCAGUGCAAGCCAUUGAGUUCCUCAUAUUUGAUGAGGCACGGAAUAAUUGGUACAAAAACAAUGGCCAGAAUUUCCAAAUUCAGCUACAAGCGAGCCAAUAUCAAGGGCAGGGUACAUCUACUGCUACUUCUUCUACUGUGGUUCCAGAGGAUCUUGUGCAGAUACAAUCAUAUCUUCGGUGGGAAAGAAAGGGAAAGCAGUCAUAUACACCUGAGCAAGAGAAGGAGGAGUAUGAAGCAGCACGAACUGAGUUGAUAGAGGAAUUAAACAAGGGUGUUUCUUUGGAGAAGCUACGAGCGAAACUGACAAAGACACCUGAGGCAACUGAUAGUAAUGCUCCUGCAUCUGAAAGCACUGUGACUACUAAAGUCCCAGAGGAACUUGUACAAGUCCAGGCUUACAUAAGGUGGGAGAAAGCAGGCAAGCCAAAUUAUGCCCCAGAGAAGCAAUUGGUCGAGUUUGAGGAAGCAAGGAAGGAACUGCAGUCUGAGUUGGAUAAGGGGACCUCAGUUGAGCAGUUGAGGAACAAAAUUUUGAAAGGGAACAUUGAGACAAAAGUUUCCAAGCAGCUGAAGGACAAAAAAUACUUUUCUGUGGAAAGAAUUCAGCGGAAAAAACGAGAUAUUGUGCAACUACUUAAAAAACACAAGCCUACUGUUAUGGAAGCGCAAGUAGAGACUCCUAAACAACCCACUGUUCUGGAUCUCUUCACAAAGUCAUUACAGGAGCAGGAUAACUGUGAGGUUCUAAGCAGAAAGCUUUUCAAGUUCGGUGACAAGGAGAUACUGGGAAUUACCACCGUUGCUCUAGGAAAAACCAAAGUUCACUUGGCAACAAACUAUAUGGAGCCACUUAUACUUCACUGGGCGUUGUCAAAAGAGAAUGGAGAGUGGCAGGCACCUCCCUCAAGCAUAUUGCCAUCUGGUUCAUCAUUGCUAGACAAGGCAUGUGAAACUUCAUUCAGUGAAUAUGAAUUGAAUGGUCUGCAUUGUCAGGUUGUUGAGAUCGAGCUUGACGAUGGUGGAUACAAGCGGAUGCCCUUUGUUCUCCGGUCUGGUGAAACAUGGAUGAAAAAUAAUGGCUCUGACUUUUACUUGGAUUUCAGCACCAAAGUUGCAAAAAAUACAAAGGAUACUGGUGAUGCUGGUAAAGGCACUGCUAAGGCCUUGCUUGAAAGAAUAGCAGAUCUAGAGGAAGAUGCCCAACGAUCUCUUAUGCACAGAUUCAAUAUUGCAGCAGAUCUAGUUGACCAAGCAAGAGAUAAUGGAUUAUUGGGUAUUAUUGGAAUUUUUGUUUGGAUUAGGUUCAUGGCUACAAGGCAACUAAUAUGGAACAAGAACUACAAUGUGAAGCCACGUGAGAUAAGCAAAGCACAAGAUAGGUUUACAGAUGAUCUUGAGAAUAUGUACAGAACUUACCCACAAUAUCAGGAGAUCUUAAGAAUGAUAAUGUCUGCUGUUGGUCGGGGAGGUGAAGGUGAUGUUGGUCAACGCAUUCGUGAUGAGAUAUUAGUAAUCCAGAGAAAUAAUGACUGCAAAGGUGGAAUGAUGGAGGAGUGGCACCAGAAACUGCACAACAAUACAAGCCCAGAUGAUGUAGUGAUCUGCCAGGCCCUACUUGAUUAUAUCAAGAGUGAUUUUGAUAUUGGUGUUUACUGGGACACCUUGAAAAAAGAUGGUAUAACAAAAGAGCGUCUAUUGAGCUAUGAUCGACCGAUUCAUUCAGAGCCAAAUUUCAGGAGUGAACAGAAAGAUGGCUUACUCCGUGACUUGGGCAAUUAUAUGAGAAGCCUCAAGGCAGUGCAUUCUGGUGCUGAUCUUGAAUCUGCUAUAGCAACUUGCAUGGGAUACAAAUCAGAGGGUGAAGGUUUCAUGGUUGGUGUUCAGAUUAAUCCAGUGAAGGGUUUGCCAUCUGGAUUUCCUAAAUUGCUUGAAUUUGUACUUGACCAUGUUGAGGAUAAAUCAGCAGAACCACUUCUUGAGGGGUUAUUGGAGGCUCGAGCUGAACUACACCCUUUGCUCCUUGGCUCUCCUGAACGCAUGAAGGAUCUUAUCUUUUUAGACAUUGCUCUUGAUUCUACUUUCAGGACAGCAGUUGAAAGAUCAUAUGAGGAGCUCAAUAAUGUAGAACCAGAGAAAAUUAUGUACUUCAUCAGUCUUGUCCUUGAAAAUCUUGCUUUAUCCACCGACGACAAUGAAGAUAUCCUAUAUUGCUUAAAGGGAUGGAAUCAAGCCUUGGAAAUGGCUAAACAGAAAAACAACCAAUGGGCUCUCUAUGCUAAAGCAUUUCUGGACAGAACCAGACUUGCCCUUGCAAGCAAGGGAGAACAAUACUAUAAUUUGAUGCAGCCCUCAGCUGAAUAUCUUGGCUCGUUACUUAACAUUGACCAAUGGGCAGUUAAUAUCUUUACAGAAGAAAUUAUUCGUGGUGGAUCAGCUGCUACCCUGUCUGCUCUUCUGAAUCGGAUUGAUCCUGUUCUUAGGAAUGUUGCACAGCUUGGAAGUUGGCAGGUUAUAAGCCCAGUUGAAGUAUCAGGUUACAUUGUAGUGGUUGAUGAAUUGCUUGCUGUUCAAAACAAAUCCUAUGAUAAACCAACUAUCCUUGUGGCAAAGAGUGUCAAGGGAGAGGAAGAAAUACCAGAUGGAGUUGUUGGUGUUAUUACACCUGAUAUGCCAGAUGUUCUCUCCCAUGUAUCAGUCCGAGCAAGGAAUUGCAAGGUUUUAUUUGCAACAUGCUUUGAUCCUAACACCUUGUCUGAACUCCAAGGACAUGAUGGGAAAGUGUUUUCCUUCAAACCUACUUCUGCAGAUAUCACCUAUAGGGAGAUUCCAGAGAGUGAACUGCAAUCAGGUUCUCUAAAUGCAGAAGCUGGCCAGGCAGUGCCAUCUGUGUCAUUAGUCAAGAAGAAGUUUCUUGGAAAAUAUGCAAUAUCAGCAGAAGAAUUCUCUGAGGAAAUGGUUGGGGCCAAGUCUCGCAACGUAGCAUACCUCAAAGGAAAAGUACCCUCAUGGGUUGGUGUCCCUACAUCAGUUGCGAUUCCAUUUGGGACCUUUGAGAAGGUUUUGUCUGAUGAAAUCAAUAAGGAAGUCGCGCAAACCAUACAAAUGCUGAAGGGAAAACUUGCUCAAGAUGAUUUUAGUGCUCUAGGCGAAAUACGGAAAACUGUUCUCAAUUUAACUGCUCCUACUCAACUGAUCAAGGAACUGAAGGAGAAGAUGCUAGGCUCUGGAAUGCCCUGGCCUGGAGAUGAAGGUGACCAACGUUGGGAGCAAGCAUGGAUGGCAAUUAAAAAGGUUUGGGCGUCAAAAUGGAAUGAAAGAGCAUAUUUUAGCACUCGUAAGGUGAAGCUUGAUCAUGACUACCUUUCCAUGGCUGUACUUGUACAAGAAAUUGUCAAUGCAGACUAUGCCUUUGUCAUUCAUACUACUAACCCAUCAUCGGGAGAUUCGUCUGAGAUAUAUGCUGAAGUGGUGAAAGGGCUUGGAGAAACACUUGUAGGAGCCUAUCCUGGUCGCGCCAUGAGCUUUGUAUGUAAGAAAAACGACCUUGACUCUCCCAAGGUACUGGGUUUCCCAAGCAAGCCAAUUGGUCUCUUCAUAAAGAGAUCAAUCAUCUUUCGUUCAGAUUCCAACGGUGAGGAUUUAGAAGGGUAUGCUGGAGCAGGACUGUAUGAUAGUGUCCCUAUGGAUGAGGAAGAUGAAGUCAUACUCGACUACACCACCGACCCCCUCAUUACAGAUCAGGGAUUCCAAAAAUCUAUCCUCUCGAGCAUUGCACGGGCUGGUCAUGCCAUUGAGGAGCUUUAUGGGUCCCCACAGGAUGUUGAGGGUGCAGUGAAGGAAGGGAAGCUAUACGUAGUACAGACAAGACCACAGAUGUAAUCUAUAUGUAUAUUUUAUAGCCAAGUCAAUCAGGCAAUGUUGUAGAGUAAGAUAUACGGGCCGUGGGACAUGUAUAACACGUUACGCCCUUUUUUUUAUUAUUUGCUUUCAUACUCACAAUACACUAAUUUAUAGGGCUUAUUUUAUCGCCAAUAAGUGUAAUCUGACUAUGAUCAUAAAUAAGCCUCCUAGGCUACUGAAAACCAUUAAAGGUUAUUUUGAUCAACUGGAUUUUGCUUCUGCAA